GUGAGGAAAUGGUUCCCAACAUGGCGGGCUAUGUUGAAUUUCUUAGAAGGUUUCUUAUAUUUUUUGUUGCCGUUCUUUGUUUAUCAUCAGCGACUGUGCCUAAGGAUCAGCAAAGGAAGGUAAGAUGGGCAUAUAGAUGCAACUUUUCUGUGGUCUGGAUGGUGUUUUGAAACAUUUUAGUCCUGAAUCAACGAAGGCUUGCAUUGGCUCUGACUGUCGUUCAUAAUUUCUCAGAUAACAUACUUGUAGUCCUCUUUACGAUAAACAGACAAGCAGUUUGCACAAACGUUAAGAUAGCAUGUGAAACCGGAGGGACAUUACCUGGGCACAUUUUGACGAUAAUUAUCACUUGCAAAUUGUAACUCCUAAGCGGAAUGGACCACGAGCUCGAGUACAUAUAUAUCGUAUAUAAAUCCUAGAAGACAAAUCUACUUGACAAACCAGUUGUUUGAAAGAGAAAACCUUAAUAGAUGUCAUAUAAAAAACAAACAUUCAUAUAGAAUGUCGCUCUUAAAAAAAUUUGCAAAAAUUUGAUGAAAAGUUGUGGCCUUAUGUGUUAGCCAAUUUUUGAAAGAAGCUCAACAUUAAAUCCAUCGAGAAAAAAGUAAAGACUAUACACAAACAUGUAAGUGACAAAGCUAAUUAGUGGGAGUUAUAUUUAAUAGAUAUACUUACACUUAACCCUUUAACUCUCAAGAUCUGAUCAUAUAUUCUCCCCUCAAGCUGCUACACAUUUCUUCGUAAAUCAGUGACAAGAAUUUGGUGUUAGUUCUACCUGAUAAGUUUGAGUCUUCCCAUUACAUGUUUUCUGGAUAAUUAAUGUCUGACUAUUUAAGGGAGAAUUUACAAGGUGAUCAUCUCUGGGAGUUAAAUGGUAAUUUCAUUUGAAAUUUCCAAGAAAAGUUGAUGCAUACUAACAGCACAAAGAAAUUCAAAAUUCUAAAAUUUAGAAUCUUGUUCCACAUCUUAAAUAUUCCAUAAAAUUUUUGUUUCUUUGCAGAUUACCAUUAAAAGCAUACCAUGCCCAACACAUAUAACAGAGUGCAGUAACACAACUUACAUCAUUCAUGUUAUUGCCGAGAGUACAGAUAAACAGAAUUCCAUGCACUACCUCUGGUCUGUCAUUGGUUCUCCAACUAUCAUUGCAGCUUACUUUGACAGUAUAGAUGUUAAUGUAUCAAUUGAUUGGAACCAUGUCUUGAAUAACAAUUCCACAAAGGGAAUUACAUUUACACAAACAAGUCUUCACAUCACAGCACUUGUUAUUCCAGCUAUUUAUGAGUUUCAGGAUAAAAAAGAUGAACUGUUUUACACUGAGAAAGAUGUUGUGAACACUAUUGUGAAACAUGGCUUCCAGGAUGAGGUAACACACUGGGAAGAACCUGAAAUUGAUCACAAAAACAAUGUGACAACUUUUACAGGGAAAAUGUUGGGAGGAACAGUUAUUUUUCAGGUAAGAGAUGAUAGUAAUAAUAGUACUAAUGAUAGUUAAAAUAAUGGAUCAGUGUUAGUAUCUAAACAAAUGUGCACCUACCCCUCACUAACCCAACAUUAACCCUAACUUUUUAUCAGGCAAUUGUUGUUGGGUUAGGGGAGGGGUAGGUAUGCAGUUGCUCAGACACUGACAUUGAUCCCUUUGUUUAACCCUUAAACUCUUAUGUUUGACAAAUUCAGAAUUUCUCCUUAGAAUAUCGAUAGAAUUUCAAGUGAUAAGAAUAAAGAAAAAUAUCAAUUAGGAGUUUAUCAGUUGAUCCAAUAUUAAAUUAUCCAAACUAACAUCAUAAGGGAGUAAGGUUCUUAAGAAACUUUAGCGCUGCAAUUGAUUUGAUAGUGUAAGUUGGCCACUGUAAAGAGUUUCAAAGCUGACAUUUUGAGUAUGAGCCCUUCAUCCUUCACUCUGACAAAGGGCUAACACUCAAAACAUCAGCUUUGAAACUACCGUAUUUAUUCGACUAUAAGCAGAGUAAUUUCUAUAUAAAUCAAAACUGAAGUGAAUGAAAAUUUGGGAUCUAAGGGGGUCUCAGCUCAUAGCCAAAAGUUUUUGAUUAAUAAUUACAUCAUCAACUCAGUUGAUAAUGUAAUAUUCUAUGGCACAGAGAUUGACUCUGGCUUGGUUGAUUUGAUGAUCUCACUGCGGGGGAGUAUACAGUUCUCCUGUGUUGCUACCUUAACAGUACCUUCUCUCUAUUACUGCCACUGAAACAAAAAUUAACCACCUUUUAUAUUUGUUUCUACAGUGCAAUGCAUCAGCAAUCAUGGACAGAGAGUCAAUAUUGCCACAUCAACAAUUCUCCAGCAAUUCUACAGUUUUUACACUGACACUUCAUAAGUUAACAAAUCUCCAACACAAAGGGCAUACUCGAUUUAUAUUUGAAUUGGUCUCAUUUUCUGAGGAUGACAGCUCCACUUGUGUUACAGCUCAAAAGUCUCUUGAUGAUGAACACACUCCAGCUGUUUUUAAAACCAUUGUCAUAAACAGUACACUUGGCAGUCAUUCAUCAUACUGUGCAUGGAAACCUGUAGCCUACCUGAAAGAGUCAAGGAAACUAAGUAACCAAGUCCCUUCUUUUUCAUAUUUUGGCAAUCAGCAUCGGUUUAUCAGUAAUAAACAGUGUCAAACUCUCCCAUCAUCAUCCUCUACAGAAGACUUCAUCAGCAUAGUUUCACAUCUGAAGGGGAACUUCAUAUCAAGUCAAAUGAAUAUUUCCUUUGGACAACAAAAAGAUGGCUGGUAUGAUGGCCCAGAGGGUUCCAGAUAUCUCACAUGGUAAUCCUAUUGAUUUACUGUUAUUAUUAUUAUUAUUAUUAUUGAUAUGGUCAUUUUUUUUAAGUGCUUUGUUAUCUCUCUUUGACAUCAUAUACAACUAUAAUCUGUUCACCCAAUUACUGAGGAAAACUUCUAGAUAAAGGCAUGUGAAAUGCAUUUCCUUGUGGCCUUAUGAUGUGUUCUUUCCAGUUUGUAAGCAUCUGUUAGUUUUUCCAAAUGUGAGCAGCCAUUUGCCAGUUUCAUGAUCUUCACUUUCAUAUUGUUGCCCCGUGUAAAGCCUUUCUAUGGAAACAAGUUUUAUUGCAUAACAAAAAAUAUAAUUUACAGGAGGGCCUCUAGCAAAUGAUCUUUAUUAUUAACAGUUGUAUAAAAAAAAACUCUUGUCUGAAGGUAAUACAUUCAAACCUGUUAAGCAGCACCAUAUUCAGUGGUCAGUUGUUAAAGUCCCAAAAUUCCCUCCCCCACCUUAAGAACUGUAAUUUUUACCUCCAUCAAGCAGUCACUUCUAUUGAGCAUCUGUGAUAACUGUUGAAUGAGUGGAGCUUGUAUUAAGCAGCAGCGUAUUAAGCUUUCACUCUGUAUUCAGCAGUCUGUUGUCAAAGUCUCAAACUUUUUCCAGUUCAGUACUGCAAUUUUCAUCUCUGUAAAGUGGUCACCCUUGACUGAGUCUAAAUGACCUGUUUGUAUUGGUGACUGGUUGAACUGUAUUUGGUACGAAGUAAGUAUUAGGCAAAUUCCAAUAGAAGGUUGUGUGGAUUGUAGUGACAACAUACAGUACAUGUAGAUGCUAAUUGUCUCUCAGAAAUCUGGUAAUCUAGAACCCAAUCAUCCUAUAUCCUGUUUGCUCAUUUGUUUUUAUUUUUCUUAGGUCUGCAGUGGUGGGCUACGGAACUCCAAUUAAAGAUGACUUUUCUAUGCUUGUGUGGUUGAUUAUAUUUAUUGGUUUUGGCACACCCAUGCUUCUAAUUUUUAUCACCAUAAUUUAUGUUAUUAUCAAGAAGGUCAAAGCCAAGAAAGCAACAUCCUCAUAUGGCAUGAUUAACUAACAACAAUAAUUUCAAUGUCCAUAAUGUUCGCUUUGUAAAAUGUAUUCUAUAUACAAGGCUAAAAAAAAAAAAAAAAAAAAAAUGUUUAAACCAAACGUUUUUGGCUGUUUGCCAUCAUCAGGGUUUUUAAUUUUUUUUAGCCUUGUAUAUAGAAUACAAUAAUUUCAAUGUUUUUAAAACAUGUUAAAUUCAUACACAGAUAAUUAAUGGAACGGAUGUCCUUUACACCCUAAGAGUUACCUGCAUCUAAUUUCUCAUUACAGUAAUACUGCUGAAUCAUUCAUUAGGAUCAUGAGAAUAAAGGAAGCUGUGAUUGUUAAACAAAUUCUCCUUGUCAGUACCAAAGGAAAUGUAAAGAGAAGAGUGUAAAGAAUAUGGAUAUUGAUGUUAGGUUGUAAAGGGUUAAGAACUUGUUCAGGUGUUAAAUAAUUACAUUGAAUACUGAGCUGAUGGACAUGAUUCAAGUCUUUUUUGCAUUGUCGACAGUUUCCUUUUGAGUCUUGAGGUACUUACCAAUUUUGUCAGGUCAUGAUGUUCAGCGUUUAGAUCAUGAUUUGCUGGACAAAAUUAGGCAGGGUUAGUUUUAGUGGCUAGAUGCAAUACUUCAUAUGAACGUAGGCAAUGUCAUACUAGCACUUGGUUUUGUAUAUCAUCAUUUCUCUAAAAGUGCAGUAAAAUAGUUAUGCAGUGUAAGAAAGUGUUUUACAUUAGCAUAAUUUGGAACAACAUAAGAUGUCUUCACAAACUCUCCACCCCAAUUUGGCUCAAGGCAGAUUUUGAUGUGGUUGGUUGAUUAAGAAGAAAUAUUGUCAACAAUUCUUUGAGAUGUUGUAAUGUGAAAAACCAUAAUUGCUAGGUAAGGAUAGAGUACAAAAGCAUUUUUUCAUUCAUGUAUGAGUUGAAAGUUUAAGUUGCUACCAUAGAUGGUAGUUUCUUUAAAAUUUCUAUUUGAAUUUAAACUUUAUUUUUAAAUAGUUUAAUUUCAUGAUGAUGGGACAUUUUUUGGGGUUAUGAUAUUCACUGACUACUUAUCUUACAGACUGCUUGAAAUUAAGUUAAAUUGUUGCUAUCUCAAAAUAAUGGCAACUAAGGUAACUUUCAAGAGAGGUUUUCUUUGUCUACCAUGCCGCUUUACAUCCUAACGACAUAAAAAUGUUGGAAAAAAAGUAGAGAUUUUUUCAUUUUUGUGGUUAAAAAAUGAAGCCCACUCUAUUAUUAUUACAGCAAGAUUGAGGUCCAUUGGUGUAAAAUGAUAAAAUGUAGUGAUGUAAAGUUAUUAUAUUUAUUGAUGAUUAUUUUUUGUAUUCUCACAAACUGGUUUGUACUCAUUUUUUAUAAAUAAACUUAGCAUCAAC